AUGGAAAAGGGGCAAGUCUCUGAGAGCAGCUUGACUUCUGCUGCUGCUUUUGUCGAAGGAGGAAUUCAAGAAGCAUGUGAUGAUGCUUGUAGUAUUUGCCUCGAAGCUUUUUGUGAUAGUGAUCCUUCCACGGUGACGAGUUGCAAACAUGAAUUUCAUCUUCAAUGCAUUCUUGAAUGGUGCCAGAGAAGCUCGCAGUGUCCGAUGUGUUGGCAGUCCAUCGGCUUGAAGGAUCCAAGCAGCCAAGAACUGCUUGAUGCUGUUGAGCAUGAGAGGAAUAUGCGUAUGAAUCCACCAAGAAAUACCACUAUAUUUCACCAUCCAACUCUUGGAGACUUUGAGUUGCAGCAUUUACCGGUUAAUGCAACCGAAUCCGAACUUGAGGAAAGAAUUAUUCAGCACUUAGCGGCAGCUGCCGCAAUGGGUCGGGCCCGCCAGCUGGCACGGAGGGGUGGGCCCCACAGAUCCUCUGCUCAAGCUCGGCCUCAAUUCUUGGUUUUCUCGACUAAUCCUAAUGGAAAUAAUCCCUCUCCUGCCUCGGCCCAUACGCAAGAGAGAGAAGGGAGUUUUGGGCCUCCUGCUGUGAUGAUAGCUGGCCCGAAUUCUCCUUUGGUUAUUUCAGAAUUUGUAUACAAAGAAUCGAUCACUAAGAGCACAAGGGGUUGGAAGGAGAGACUUUUUGCUCGAAAUAACUCAACGCCCGAAAUGCCCCCAACUACUGAAGUUCGUCAAGAGGUGGCCACUGUGUCCCGUAUGAUGGAUCAUCUUGAAAUAGCUGAAGUUGGUAGAGCUAGUAAUGCUUCUGUGUCGAUAAAUCUCGAGGAUAGCUCGAGUACAAAUGCUACUGAACACCAAGCAAUUGAGUCGAGCAAUUUGAGUUUGAGUGAGGACACAUCAUCACAAGUUCCGAGGGCUGCCGCUAGUUCAGAAUUACAAUAUAAGAUUUUGCUUCGUCUUUUGGACAUUUUGAAGCUCUUAACUGUUCGGUUUAAUCUGACAUUAUUGCUCUACAUGAUGCUUUGUUGUAAGAUCUAUUAA